AUGGCAGAUAUUUUAGCCCUCAUUUUUAAAACUUUUCCGUCGCGGAGUGAAUUAGCAGCGGUGGAGGAAAAGUCGCUCUGUUCUGUAGCUCCAGCCCGCAGUGCGCUGGUGGUGGUGGAGCACCCGGGGGAGCACCCGGGGGAGCACGGCCUGAUCCGCUCCGUGCUGCUGCUGGCCGCGGUCACCGCUGCCUCCGAGAUAAACCUCAGGGUCAUCUUCCUCACCCAGACUCAGAUCCAGAGCCUUCCAGUGGCACUGCAGAGGCGGGUCCCCAGUCUGACCCCUGCCGCGCUCAAGAAAAUCAAGUUUUGCUACCCCCGCACACUGGAGGAGCUGCUUGUUCAGGUGGCAGGUCUUCACGAGUCUCCUCAUUCCCCCUCUUCGCUCCCUGCUCUGAUCAUAGUGGACGGGUUGGAGGGUUACCUGUGUGCCCCAGCCCCCUGCACCUCCAGUGGAUUACACACCAGUGAACAGUCCUCUGCAGCCCACCUGUCUGCUCUUCUCUGUGACACUGCCUCCUUUUUCACACAGAUGUUGGAGAAGCAAGGGUCUGACAAUGCGCCCUGUCGCCUUAUCGCUUCUUAUCAUCUGCAAGGGAACUCUGAGCAGAAGGGUGGGGAGGUCUCAGCUGACCCAGUUUUGGAUGUUCUCGAUCGGUAUUUCCAGUUGAGGUGUACACUGGAAAAGGACAGGAGUUAUGAGUCGACAUCAGGUGGGCUUCAGCAAGUUUGGAACAUUUACCUGUCUCAUUUAGGAAUGACAAAGACUUUUUGUAAGAAGGAAGGUGUGGAGGGCAAAGAAGAACAGCCUGUUCAGGAGUGGAGACUUCUGCUGUCACCUGAUGGACUGAUGGAGUUUAAACAGGCUCAAAAACACUGAAUUUAUAAGUGACUGUUAGUUUAAAUGUUAUGAAUUUUGCUUUUGAAAGUUUUUGAUGAAAAACAUAUGACAAAAAAGACAUUUUUACUUUAGAAAAUAUUUUAAGAGGUUUAGAUGUUUAGGUGAUUGAUUAAAUUUAUAUUUAACUGG